AUGGUUCCAAAAACUUUUGAGCUUAAGGGUGAGGUUUGGAACGUCUGCGGCUACGUGGACGAGGUCGUGGACCUUUCCUGCGUCGGCAGGAACCAGAGCUCCACUCUCUGCGAGUGCUCCAACGUCAAGGUCACGAUGCCCGAGAAGAUGAUCUCCGUGUCUCUGAUUUCCUGCAAAAAUGUCGAGGUUUUCGUGAACUCUCUGAUUUCCAGCAUGGAACUCACAAACUGCCACAACGUCAAGGUGCGCGUGAAGACCACGCUUCCUGCCUGCUCCAUUGACAAGUCUCAGCAGGUGAGCUUCUGGAUUUCCAGGGAGAACGCCUCCAUGAUCAUGUUCAGCUCCUGCAAGUCCGGCGACAUGAACGUCAACAUAAACAGGAACACUAGUGGCAACCCUGACGAGGACGACUGGGUUGAGCAGCCUCUCCCUGAGCAAUUUGAGCACAGCAUCAACGAGAACUUGAAGGUCGUCACCAAGCCUUCUUCUUUGUACCCCUAA